AUGAACUACUUGAUGGCUGCCUUGGAAGGUCCCGCUGCAAACGCAAUUAGUGGCUUACAAAUAACGGCAGCGACGUAUAACACAGCCAUCAGUCUUCUCCGUGAUCGCUUUGGGACCGACUCUGCUCUUAUCGAAGAUCACCUGAAAAGUCUUGCAGACGUCGAACCUGUCAAAUCAAGCCGACAGGUCCCACAACUUCGUAGUCUGUACGACUCUGUUCAAGCGCACCGUCGUGGACUGGAAUGCCUAGGCGUUAGCAUUAAAUCUUAUUCUGUGAUGCUAUAUCCUAUUCUACUGCGCGCGAUCCCUACGGACCUCGCCUUACAAUUUAAACGCGUUCUCGGCGAAAACACGGACACGGAUCAGUCCACGGGGGAUACGGAUCAGUCGUCGCCACAGGACUUCCACACGAAAGCGCUUUCAAAGCUCUUAACGUUUCUGGGAAAUGAGAUAACUUACCGAGAGCAGGUCCACCAUCACACGUUCCAAGCUCCUUCUGGAAAUGGUGGUUUAAGGUUCGGAUUUCAAUCCCGAUUCAAACAAAGCUCUCGUGAUCCUUUGACGACUCUGCAGAGCACCACCAGACGCGAGAAGUGUAUCUUCUGCAGUAGCUUGGCGCACCUUACCUCCGACUGUACCGUGAGCAAACCUCUUCAAGACAAGAAACGGAUGCUAGCCGCUGAACGUAGAUGCUACCGCUGUACCAAGCCGAACCACUCGGCUAAACUCUGCAGAGGCACCCCAAAAUGUAAAACUUGCUCUGGUAGGCACGUAUCCAGCAUGUGUGACCCCUCAUACCGUCCUCGUCCUAAUGAAGCCACUCAGACCGUUAACUUGAAGGCUACAGUAGUCCCGUCCAAACACAGAGUGCUUCUUCAGACCGCAACUGCACGCUGCCGAGGAUCCACCAUUGCCCUGCACGCGCGACUAGUCCUCGAUGGCGGCAGCCAGCGAACGUUCAUCUCGACCGGACUGUCCAAUGCACUGCGCUGCAAGCAUCUUCAUACCGAAACUAUCUCGAUAGGAUCCUUCGGGCACGCUGUGAGUCGCCCCCAGCCAGUCAACGUCGUCGAGCUUCAUAUACUCGGCAAUUCAUCGAUAGAAGCACAAACCAUCACUGCGCUGGUAGUCGAGCGAAUCUGUUCGCAGGUUCUUGACGCUCCGUCAACGGAAAUAACGGAAAAAAUGAAGACGUAUGGACUUGUGCUCGCUGAUACUACCGCUCCAGACGAUCCUGCCCCAAUCAGCCUGUUGAUCGGCGCCGACCACUAUUGGGAUUUCGCCAUCGGUCGAACGCACCACCUACACCAAGGAGUACAAGCCGUUGAGACCACUCUCGGCUGGACGCUACAGGGACCCUAUUCGCCAGCAUAUUCAGUCAAGACGACUAGUUGUCACCAAAUCGCUGUGCUCAACACUGUAUCCCAAUGCUCAGGAGAGCUCCACACACUACUGGAUCGUAUAUGGACCUUGGACAGUAUCGGCAUCUCGGCGACCGAAACACAGAAAGACAGUCACGUACUGGAAGAAUUUGAAGAUUCCAUUAAGCUGGAGAAUGGACAAUAUGUGGUGUCGCUACCAUGGCGCGCAAACGUCUCCAUGGAACCUAACCGACAAACAGCAGAGCGACGUUUGACGCAAGUCACCAGGAGACUGUUGAAGUCUCCCGAUCUAGCCGCCACGUACGACACCGCCAUACGCGAAUACCUACUCUCUGGUGUGGCAGAACGAGUAUCGCAUGAUGCCCACAAAAACGACCAAGCUCAUAUUUACUAUAUGCCUCAUCAUGCCGUAAUUCGGGAGGACAGGAUAACAACCAAGGUCCGGAUCGUGUUUGAUGCCUCUUCGCAUGACGACUUCACACGAUCGCUGAACGACAACCUCGAUCCCGGACCGAACCUCAACCCGAGCAUACUCAGCCUACUCCUGAACUUCCGCCUCCAUCCUAUUGCGUUAGUUGCCGACGUCCAAAAGGCUUUCCUUCAAAUCGCCAUUCGCCAGGAAGACCGUGAUGCGCUCCGCUUCCUAUGGUACUCUACACCACCAACGUCGGAUCAGCCAUUGCCUGACGUCGAGACAUGGCGCAUGACAAGGGUGACGUUCGGGACAGCUCCCAGCACAUUUCUCCUAGCAGCAACAUUACGUCACCAUCUCCGUUGUGUUGCGGAAGAACACCCCGCAGCCGUCGAGCAACUGACAGACGCCAUCUAUGUAGACGACGUCAUAACGGGUGCAGUUAACGAAGAGGAUGCCUGUCAGACGUGUCGAGAACUUCAGGACAUCUUCGCCAAGGCAUCCAUGACAUUGCAGAAAUGGGGUUCCAACAGCGCAAAACUCCGUGACAUCUUCAAGAACGAGCCGAACGCCAUUCUGAUCAACAACACUACCAAAGUACUAGGAGUGACAUGGGAUCAAGAGAAGGACGUAUUGUCACUGCCGAUUAAGUCCCUGUCGCAAGAGCACAACCAGAACCCGGUAUCCAAAAGGAAGGCACUAACGCUUGUAGCCGAAAUCUACGACCCUCUAGGUCUCGUCAUACCGUGCACAGUAACCGGCAAAAUUCUUCUACAGGAAACCUGGAAACGUCAACUCGCAUGGGACGACAACUUACCGGAAGACCUACUGACGAAAUGGCAGGCAUGGCACACCGACCUGCAACGUCUGAACGACAUUCAACUGCCACGCUGCUACACACCAGGUGCAUCUAUCACAAACGGCGCCGAGCUCCACUUCUUCUCGGAUGCAAGUCCUCUUGCCUAUGGAACCGUUGCCUACAUGCGUAUCGUGAACGACACAGGUAUAGUUACCACACACUUGCUCACUUCAAAGUCCCGGCUGGCUCCUCUCAAAACCUGGUCAUCAUCAAAGAACCUGGCGUCAACAGACUUUUAUGGAAGUUGGGGUUAG